GCCGAACAUCACCAUCUCACACGCAGGAUAAUGGCGCAAUCACUGCCAUUGGGCACUGGAUCAAAUUCCUCGGACCAGUUCAUAGAGUCGCUGGACCGCCUUUCGAAGAAGACGGGAGUGUUGGCAACUAUUGUCCUGGACCGAACCAGCGGCGCGAUACUGAAUACUUCCGGCACAUUGUCUUCGAUUCGAUCUACUUCUGGGUCUAGCCAAUCAGUUCCAGCAGCCGUUCCUGACGACGCUUCGUCUGGCCUUAAGGAUCAAAAUGGGGUCGAAGAGCUGGCCCGCAUGGUCUGGAACUACAUGAACGCCACAAAAGAUCUGGUCCAAGGCCUCGAUGAACAGGACGAAGUUAAACUGCUACGAUUGCGAACUAAAAAGUACGAGUUGGUCAUUGUCCCUGAUUCGAAAUAUCUGCUCGUUGUGAUACACGAGACACCUUCGGCGUGAAAGAGGCACACCCGUAACAAUUCGGCGUAUGAUACCCAGGCAUAUUCAGGCGUUUAUUUGACUUUAUAAGAGGACUAUUUGGCGGCGAGGGACUAGUGGCAGCAUGAAACUGGUUCGAUAUCUCGGUUUUAUCAUCUGGCAAAACUAGUGUAAUGUUGAAUGCAGAUCUGAGUCUAUGGUAUAGUUAGUGUGCCAACGGUGAGGGUCUGCAUGAGACACCGCGAUACCAAACACUUUGGGGUGAGCGGGCAGGUCAAGGGGUAAGGCAUGCACCUCAGGGUGCCAGGAUGUCAGGUUGUCAUAUAAUACCACAUCUGGGAGAGACCAAGUUGUAGCUUUGAGUAUAAAAAUCCCA